CUAUACCUCUCGCCCGGGGCUUUCAGUGAAUGAACGGGCACCGCGGGGAGCGCAUGUCUGUUGCGCCAAUACAGGAGCCCGAGAUUGAUAUGUGUGGUGCAGUGUGCGUGCCCGGGCUGUGAUGACACCUGCGUGAAACCAGAGAUGGCCGCGCGCUCACCGGAGCCCGGCCACCACCGACCAUGUGCAGCUACAUAGGCCGACACGUAACCGGUGGGAGCUCGAGCCGGGUCGGUGCGGGCGGUGCGGGCGGUGCGGGCGGCGCGGGCGAGUGCUCGCCGAGUUGACAGCAUGCUCAACGUGUCCUCCUCAGCCAACCUCACCGACCUGGCGCUCGGCCCCGACCUCCCCACCAGCCCCUACAGCCUCGCGCAGAAGAUCGUCAUCGCGAUCGUAGCCAGCGUCCUCGCCGUUCUCACCGUCGUCGGCAACUCCAUGGUCAUGAUCAGCUUCAAGAUCGACAAGCAGCUGCAAACUAUCAGCAACUACUUCUUGUUCUCGCUGGCCGUCGCUGACUUCGCCGUCGGCCUCAUAUCCAUGCCGUUGUACACGAUGUUCACCAUAUACGGGUACUGGCCGCUGGGCCCGCACGUUUGUGAUACGUGGUUGGCGCUGGACUACUUGGCGUCCAACGCGUCUGUACUGAACCUUCUCAUUAUAAGUUUUGAUAGGUACUUUAGUGUGACGAGACCAUUGACGUAUAGAGCUAAAAGGACUACACGCCGUGCGACUGUGAUGAUAGGGGGCGCGUGGGGGUUCAGUUUGUUGCUGUGGCCACCCUGGAUAUACGCGUGGCCGUACAUAGACGGUGAGAGGAAGGUGCCGCCGCACGAGUGCUACAUACAGUUCAUUGAGACGAACCAGUUCAUUACGUUCGGGACGGCCAUCGCCGCGUUCUAUGUGCCAGUGACAGUUAUGUGUAUACUGUACUACCGAAUAUGGAGGGAGACGAAGAAACGGCAGAAGGAUCUGCCAAAUCUUCAGGGUGGCAAGAAACACGACUCUUCGAAGAGAUCUAAUUCUAGUGACGAGACCCGUGAGGUGGACGGGCGGGCGCGUUCGGAGUCGGGCGAUGCCGACUCAGUAUACCAUGUCAGGGGCGCCAUUCAUGACCAACGAUGGAGAGACAAUCAGAUAUCACGCUCUUCUUGUCGUCCGAGGCGUGGUUGGGGCGCAGUGCGUGCGUGGUGCGUGGCAUGGUGGCAUUCUGGGAGGGAAGAUCUGGAAGACACCGAGCCGGAAGAAGAACCCUCGGAUCCAGGGUAUGCGACACCAGUCUCAGUGGAGACGCCGUUGCAGAGUUCUGUGUCCAGGUGUACAUCAUUAAAUGUUAUCAGAGAUCCGUACGCAUCUCGUGGUGGCUCAGGUGGAUCUGGAGCUGCUGACGGUGGUACUUCACCACUCCGGAGAACCUAUGAACCGCCACUCGGCGGCAUGCCAGCAGCACGAGAUAGUCGCUCAUUACCACCCAACACAAGAAUCAACGCCACUACCUCACCAGCACCCAAAUCAGCCUCAGCCGACUCAGUUUACACCAUCGUCAUUAGAUUACCAGACGCCGAUACGGAGAGACCAACGAUAAAGAUGAUAACAGAAGAAUCGCCACCUUCAAACACUAGAACGCACUAUCGACCGCCAACGAGAGGUGAUUCCGAGUUGAAUCUCCAUCCUGCUGGACACCCAGCGCUAACAAGAAGAGCGUCCCACAUACAAGACGUUAGAAUACCACUCAAUGCCAAAAUAAUCCCUAAACAAUUAGCCGGAAAGGGAAUAACGAAGCAGCCAAAGAAAAAGAAAACGCAGGAGAAAAAACAAGAGACGAAAGCAGCGAAGACGCUCUCCGCCAUACUUUUAUCAUUUAUUAUAACAUGGACGCCUUAUAAUAUUCUUGUGCUCUUAAAACCUCUAACAGCAUGCACGAAGUGCAUCCCAGAUGAACUGUGGUCUUUCUUUUACGCUCUCUGUUACGUCAACUCGACCAUAAAUCCCGUCUGCUAUGCACUCUGUAACGCAACAUUUAGAAGAACGUACGUAAGAAUUUUGACUUGUAAGUGGCAUAACAGAAAUAGAGAAGCCAUGACUAGAGGUGUGUACAACUAGUUUUGAUAGUGUGGUUUAUGAGCUUCGAGAAAGAGUAUGUGGGGUACCCGAUACCGGUAUCGGUGAUUGGAAAAUCAUUUUCUAGAUCAGGUACCGAAAUGAAGAUUGCCCAAUUUUGGUACCCGGUACUGAUGUGAGCAGAUUCACCGAGUUUGCCUUUUUUAUUAUUGUUUAAUUAAGAAAAUAUUGGUAGUUUUUAACUUAUGCAACAAUUACUUUCCAUUUUAAUACCGUAGUUAAUUGAGUUGUUAACAUUUUAAUUCAGUGUUUACAUAGAAAUAGAUAAGAGGUCAGUAAUUCAGAUGGAACCAGCGAUCGUUUAUAGAUAAUGCACUUUAAAUGGACUUUUCAAUUUUGAACACAUAAUUUUUCUUUUCUUCAGAAUAAUAUUCCUGAAAAUGUUACGUUCUGUAAAUAUUUAGAUUGCUAGUUCUCUCUGAAUUUCUGCAAACGAAAAUAUAUAUAUUGGUAUGUUUACAAUACUAUUUAUUACAUAUUCACAUAUAUUCAUUAUACGUGUACAUAGUAUAAUAAAAAAGUAAACCUCGGUGAUUCCUUACACGGUACGCUAAAAAUAAAAAAAAUUAAAAAUAUUAUACCUAAUGCAGAUAUGAUAAAAAAACACUGCGUUAAUUUCCCCGUGAAGCAAUCAAGAGAAGCAUUUUGAUUUUCAUUAGUGAGUUGGUCGUCCCGUCCAUUGUAGACGUAUGAUUUGUAGGUUUCGUAACUUUAUGUGAUAUUAUUAUCCAUCGUUAAGUUGUUUCAAUUUGUUUACGAAUCUUCUGUUGUAAGAAGAGUUUUGAUUAAAUAAAAAAAAAAAAAAUUAAAUAUGAAACAUAAAUUGCCCAAAUAUUCUAAGAGUGAUUAGUGUUUAGAUCGAAAGGUAUAGCAUAAUUUUUAAAGUCGUAGUGAACAAUCUAGUCUUUAAUCAUGAGUAUGUAAUAUCUAAUCGAAAAAUUCUACUGGUGUUCUGGUUAAAGGUUGAGCUUCUAGGGUAACAAUUACGAAUUUAGAGCAGGGAUAUUGUUUUCUCGUUUCUUUCUUUCCUUCUGUUGAUUAAAAAGAAAGUUUUGAUCUUGUCAAAGAAUUCAAGCCCUUGUUAUUCCAAUUUUAAAGUUAAUAAUGAAAUGUUUGUUAAUUGUUUUUAACAGGCCCUGUGAUAUUUUUGUUAUCGUUGUGUUAUAUCGCUUUAUUUGUUUCUUUAAUAAAUAAUUCUAAAACUUUAGCUCUAAUGGAGUUUACUCCGAUAUCAGUAUUAUCAUGCCUCUCACGGUGUACAUUUAUUUGAACCAACACUAGGUUUAGUGCGUCGGUGUGUUUGAACGAAUAGUAAUCUACAAGAGAGAGUUUUGCCUUGUUUACCAUGUCUUCAAUCUGUGUUUUAUACGUUACUUUGUGUAAGGAUAUAAUUAUAAAUAACAAAAAAAAAAAUUUCUAAGCAAUAUUCAAUCUUUAUGUGAAUAAAAUAUUUAUAUUUAAGUGUUCGUGUGACGAAAGAUCUUUUAAACGACUGUCGUGCAUUAGUAUUUCAACUACUGUAUUUCUGAUCACUAGUGACUUAGCUUCCAAUGACGUUUUUACUUUUAUCUUAAAAAUCACAAUUGCGAAUGAAUCAUACAACGAUUUCAUAUUAAACAAUUAAGCUAAUUCCCUGUCACUGCUCUUUUAACUCACUUUUGAUAGGAUUUUUAAAUAUAAAUGAAACGGGAGAUAGAUAUAUGGUAUAUUUGCCAGCAACUGAAUCACUUUUGUGAUAACGAGCAGUGAUUUCGAUGGGAGUUAAACGAGUAACAGUAUUAUAAUACGGAAGGCUGAUGUUAGAUGGUUGAAUUUCUUAAUCCUAAUAAUGUUGAUACAAAUCACUGGAUACUGUUAUACCAUCAGGGUUUCAGAUAGUUAUAAAGAUAAACGUAUGUUUACAUAAAUACAUAACACGAAUUGAACCCAUUUGAAAUAUAUUACUAUCCGGUUAUUUGGAUCAAUAACGAUAGCGGAUAAAAAAUUUAAAAGUGUAAUGGCAGCGUUAAUACAUGAGUUCAUGUGUAAGUCUUUAGAUUAAGGAAUAUAGUGAUCUAUAGUCCUUAAUGUGAGAAUAAAAAAAAAAUCUUGUGUGUCAAAGUAGCAAAA